AUGGAACGCAACAAGGACAGCCUGCAGCCAUGGUCUAUAGCUACCACGGCCUCAGUCACGGUGCUGGCCUUCGUGACGGUUUGUCUUCGACUACUCGCCCGUUAUGAGCGGAUGCAAAAGCUGUGGUGGGACGACUAUAUGGUCAUUUUUUCUAUGCUAUGGAACCUGAUCGUUGUCGGGUUCAUCUAUGCUAUGAUUAAUAAGGGAAUGGGACUCCAUGCAGACACCCUUCCACUGGGAGACGUGGUUUUGAUUGCAAAAUACCUUGUUGUGGCGGAAGUUCUCUACGUAUUUAACCUGGUAUGGACCAAAUUGAGCAUUCUGCUCAUGUACUACCGGAUUUUCCGCUUUCCUUACUUCAAGACAUGGGCAUACAUCAUUGGAAUCUUUAUUAUUCUUUGGGUUAUCUGUAUAACCUUUCUCUUCAUCUUCAUCUGCGUCCCCGUCCAGAAACUAUGGUAUCCCCAUCUCCCAGGGCGGUGCAUCGACCAGGUUGGCACAUGGAUCGCGAACGCCAUCUCAACGAUUGCAAGCGAUCUUGCCAUUCUAAUCCUUCCAAUUCCACAAGUGUGGAAGCUCCAACUUCGAAUUUCUGAAAAGAUAGCCGUUUUAUUUGCCUUCAGCUUGGGAUUCUUCGUCGUCUUCGCCUCCGCCUACCGUUUUUCAGUCCUCUUUACCUACGAUGCGGCUGAUUCUUCCUACACUCUUGCUCCAACAGUUGGCUGGACCGCGAUCGAAAUGGCCGCCGGCAUCAUUUCGGCCAACCUCCCAACCAUCCGCCCUGCUCUCCGUUUCAUAGCACGCAUGCUGGGUAUCCGCGGUAAUGUUCUGGGUCUCUUCAGAAGCACAAACGGAACAAAUUCCAAAACCACAGACGCUGCCACUCAGCCUUCAGGAGCAGCAGAGUCCACUGCCGCCAUCACCAAGCAUCCGAAACGACAUUCUUUCUAUCAGUUACCAGAUGAUCCUGGCUCAUUAGGAGAACAGGCACAGAUGGAUACCACGUUCAGGCCGGAGUAUGAUCAUGCAAAGACGUACACCAACGUGUUGGGUCCAAAGGUUGGAGCAAAUUCUGAUGGAGAUGAGAUUCCUCUGACUGAGAUUAGAGUCGAUAAGGAGUUUACGCAGACUACGCACUAA